AUGGAUUCUCCAGCAAAAAGACGGAAAAUCAGCGAGACCACAGGGAUUUCUGUGGCGCCAGAGCUUCCUCAAAAUGACUCCCAUCGGUCGAGAAGACCCUCCUUCCAGUCUCCAACGAGGGCUAGUCUCGCACGAUCACAUCCCGAUCUAUUAGAGCGCGCAAUCAGCAGAUCUCCUGCCCGACGACCAGCAAGCAAAGACAGCGCACAACAAGAUCCUCGAAAAUUUGGAUUACGCGAUCGCAAAGCGCUCCGACCCUCGCUCAAUGCCUCCGCAAGUCCUCUCACUCGACCUCAAGGAUCUGAAGCGCCCGAAAGUUCCCCCAACAGGCGCUCAAGUGGUGUACAAGCGUUCUCGAAACCCCCGCGCAGGAUUUCAAGAAGGAUUCUUCCAGGAGAUUUUGUGUUUGGGUCCCCAAUACCACAGCGAAAAAAUCCCGAAUCGAAUACCCCCGAGCGUCAAUUGGCAUUGGAAUUGGGCAGCGCCACAAGAGAAGCAGAUGUGGAUAUGGGUCCGGACUCUAGUCUCAUGGAUGAAGAUACCCUUGAACCCGAUCUUCCCCCCACGCCAACACAACUAGGUCUGGAAAAGGCCCCGGAUCGACCCAGAGGGAUGUUGAGUAGCAGUCCUAGUAGGCGACAGGAGAAACGAGCAAAACGACAAACUGCCAAUGCAUUGCAUGAAAGCCCACUCAAGGCAGUAAACUUCCAAUCUCCUCCACCGGAGGAUUUGGAGACAGCUUCAGACCAGGGUGGAGUUUCCGCGGCUGUUCGCGAGAAACGCAAUUCGCGCGAGAAGAGCGCUGCGGACUUGCGACGGCUGAGAAACGAAGUUGAAGAACUGGAAACAUGGACAAAGAAAAUAGAGUCCGAUCCAGACUUGAACAGCGGGACCAGAGGGCUCGACAAAUUUCUGUCUUUACUCACAUCGGAAGAGGCGAAUCUUACAAGUCUCCCAGUCCCCAAAACAACCCCUAAAUCAAUAUCGUCCCUCCUCGCCACUUUACUCCCGUUCUCUGCCAAUAUCCCUCGCCCAAAACGUGAAUUAUCGUCGCUACCAACAAAUCCAUUUGCCCUGCAAGAAGCCUCUCAAUCACUGCCAUACCUGACAGCCUUCGCACCCUUGGCCCUCAAGACCCGCACAACUCGGUCGUCACGUAGGGGAGAGCUGUUAGAAACACAUACAUUGACCUUUUCUCCUCCAUCUCCAUUCCCAGCAAGUCUAUACAACGUGACUGUUGUCUACGAGACAAACCCGGAGACCCAGACUUUGACUUCCCUGUCAGUGCCUACUAGCAGCGACAGCAAAAAAAGAAAAGUCCCCGAAGCUCUGCGCCGAUGGAUUGAUACCCGCUUAGAGAACCCUCUCUUGAAACUCGACGUGGCAACUUUAUGCUGGGGUAUCAACCGGUACUGGGAAUCUGCAAUCACUCGCGCUCGUUUGUGGGCACACAUUGACCACAAGUAUGGCCCUCGGGCCUCGCAGGGCAGAAAGGAUACUACCCCGGAAAGCAAGCACGGCGUUAUCACACAUUCUGAACUGCGACGAUUGGUCCCGCAUUUGGAUCGGAGUGCCAUGGUCAUCAAACCUAAAUCAUCUGAUUCCAGCCCCCGAGUACUUUUGUCCAAUACUUUGGUGCUGGAUGAGUGGACCGGAGAGCCUCAACUGCGGCCUGAGAUUAGCGUGUCGAUCCCUGGGGUAGAUAAGAAAAUCGAUCAGGAGACGAAGAAGCUUUUCCAUGCUUUGCUACGUCAGGAUGGCGCUUUGGUUACGCGGGGUGCGGAGGGUGGUAUCCAUGUUGAUGCGGUGGUAAGGGCGACUGAAGGUGCUCUUGGUGCUUUGUUCGGUGGUCCUUGA